GCGGGGAAGGCGUGGGGGGGGGGUGCCUUCAGGUGUCUGCGACCUCGCCACCUCCCGCCCGGAAGUGCCUGAGGGUCCGCUAUGGGGCUGGCGGAGCCAGGCGCUCGGUAGCGCAGCGGGCAAGGCAGGUGCCAUGGCCCUGAUCGAAGGGGUGGGUGAUGAGGUGACCAUCCUUUUCGCGGUGCUUGCCUGCCUUCUGGUGCUGGCUCUCGCCUGGGUCUCAACACACACUGCCGAGGGCGCUGAUCCACUGCCCCAGCCGUCAGGGACCCCAGCACCGACACAGCCCAGCGAAGCCAUGGCGGUCACCGACAGCAUCAGAGGGGAGGCCCCAGGAGCUGAGACCCCCAGCCUGAGACACAGAGGUCAGGCUGCACAGCCAGAACCUGGCGUGGGGCUCCCAGCAACACCACCACCUCCAGACUCCCCCCAGGAGCCCCUAGUACUUCGGCUGAAAUUCCUCAACGAUUCAGAGCAGGUGGCCAGGGCCUGGCCCCAUGACACCAUUGGCUCCCUGAAAAGGACCCAAUUUCCUGGCCGGGAACAGCACGUGCGACUCAUCUACCAAGGGCAACUGUUAGGAGACGACACCCAGACCCUGGGCAGCCUUCACCUCCCUCCCAACUGUGUUCUCCACUGCCACGUGUCCACUCGGGUGGGUCCCUCACACCCACCGUGCCCACCGGGGUCAGAGCCAGGCCCCUCCGGGCUGGAAGUAGGCAGCCUGCUGCUGCCCCUGCUGCUUCUGCUGCUGCUGCUGCUCUGGUACUGCCAGAUCCAGUACCGGCCCUUCUUUCCCCUGACCGCCACUCUGGGUCUGGCCGGCUUCACCCUGCUCCUCAGUCUCCUGGCCUUUGCCAUGUACCGCCCGUAGUGCCUCCACGGGCUCUUGGCAGUGUUGCUGGCCCCUCCGGACCUUGCUCCCCACGACACGGUGGGAGUUGCUGUCUGCCCAGGCCUGCCUCUCCGACCUGCCUCUUCCCACUACCCUGGAGCCCAGCCCUGCGCCGCAGAGCACUCCGGGGGCCAGCGGAGGCCCCUCCCUGCGACCUCCACGGCUCUGGGCCGCCCCCCGGGGCAGCUGGCCCUCAGCACCCACUAACAGUCGGCUCCUCCGGGUCAGACAGCUGCUGUCGCUGCCUGGGCCCUGGGCAGAGCCGGGCCACGCCCCUGGGCCCUUCUUAGUGUUCUGCCUGAGAAUCCAGCCACCUCUAGUCCCUGACAGCUCCUUGGGCUGAUUUAGGGACUCAAAGACUGAGGGGCUGGAGAAGGGGAGCUGGGAGGGGUGGAGGGGGUUCUCUGGAACAUGUGCAGAUUAAAUGUGAAGUUUUCA